AUAGAUUUUAAGACAUAUAUGCAAGCACCGAUUACAUGAAUAGAAAUCCUGUUUAUUUUAUCAUCAUAAGUAAUAUUUAUAAUAACGUUUUUAAAACGGCGCGGAUAAUUAGUAAAGUUUACGAUCCAAAUACUUUGAACUCUGUAUAAGACUCGCUGAGUUUGUGUUUUUUUUUUAAUUAAUUGUAGUAAAAAUACGCUAAUAUGACCACAGAAGUUGUAUCAACAUUCUUUUGCGAAAAACCUUUAGCUUUGGAAAAUGACAACAAACAAGAGGAAGAUAUAAGUGUUCAAUUCUUAAACUUGAUCGAUGAACUGAAUAAUAAACUUACAACAUUUCAAUUCCCACCGGCUAUAAAAUGCAUUUAUAAUCCAACAAUAUACGCAAGACACACUUUUGAAAUGUACGUUCGAAAGUAUUGUAAUACAAACAAAGCUAUAAUGUAUUUUGGAAUGAACCCAGGACCUUUCGGAAUGUCGCAAACUGGUGUACCUUUUGGAGAUGUGAGCUCUGUAAGAGAUUGGUUGGGUAUAGAAGGGCCAGUUGGAAAGCCACCUAAGGAAUUAGAAACCCGUCCUGUCAAAGGUUUUGAAUGUACAAGGACUGAGAUAAGUGGGAAAAGAUUCUGGGGUUUACUAAAAGAUAUAUGUGGCAGUCCUGAUAAGUUUUUUGAAACCAGUUUCGUCUACAACUAUUUGAAUCAACAAUGGAUGAAGACCAAUGGAUGUAAUCUCACUCCUGGUGAUUUCAAAGUGACAGAAAUGAAAGCAUUAUAUCAAAUCUGUGAUCCGAUCUUUAUCAAAGUUUUGGAACUGUAUAAAGUGCAAACAAUAAUUGCAGUUGGUAAGUUCUGUGAAACCCGAGCACAUAAAGCAAUUGAAGAAUAUCUCCCAUCUAAAGCUAAAAAUAUCAAGGUACUCUAUCUCCCACACCCGAGUCCUCGCACAGUAAACAACAACAACUGGGAUCAAAAAGCACUUGAAUAUCUAGAAAGGUAUGAUUUAUUAAAAUAUUAUAAAGAUUGAUUUAUUUUUAAAUGUAUCUGGCAACUUUAUUAUAUUAAAAAAAAUGUAAUAGCAUAGAUGUUACAUAAGAUUAUCAAUUGUCAUGGAUCUCCAUAUUGUUUAAAAAAAAAGUGAAAUUAGUAUAUUUUUAAUGUUUCCUAAUUUAGUUUAAGAUUUUAAUUUGAUUAAAAUAAGAUUUUUGACUAUACAUUAAGGAUUUUGCGUUCUUAUGUCUUGUAUGCACAUUAUUUUAUCUAUAAAUAACAGUUCUUAGCACUACAUAUAAAAAUAACUCAAUAUUGUUUUUUAUUUUAUUAACAA